AUGGCGCGCAAUUCUGAAAAAGCGCAAUCCAUGCUCUUCCGUUUCCGCGCCGCCCAAGCUCAAGAAUCCGGCCUCCUACCAUCUGCCUCCCAGCGUCGACCCAAAGCAACCUCAACAAUCUCCCAAAUCCCCCUAGCCGAGAAAUACCGCGGCCAGAUCCUUCGCGAAGUCAGCAGGAAAAUCACGCGGAUCCAGGACGAGUCGUUGUCAGACUACCAGGUCCGGGAUCUAAAUGACGAGAUCAACAAGUUGAUGAAGGAGAAAUGGAGUUGGGAAAGACGGAUACGCGAAUUGGGAGGGCCGAACUACAUGCGUGGUGGUGCGGGGACAGUGUUUGAUGAUCAAGGUCGGGAAGUGCAGGGGGCUGGUGGUGGGAAGGGCUAUAGGUACUAUGGGCGGGCGAAGGAGUUGCCGGGUGUGAAAGAGAUGUUUGAACGGGCGGCGAAGAGGAGGGCACGAGAGGUGGAGGAUAAGGAUGAUAAGCCGAGGCAGCAUAUCGAUCGAAGGAAUCUGGACGCCAACUAUUUUGGUUAUGGUCUAGAUGAGGAGGAUGGCACACUGUUAAGGUAUGAGCGGCGCAAGGAGAAGGAGGCUUUUGAACAACUCUCCAAGCUUGACAGUGAAGAGGACAAGGACUGGGACCCGUUGCCUGGUGACGCAGGUGAUGGAGAAAAGAAGGAACAUACUUGA